AUGUGGAAAGCAGAUGAGCAGUGUAGUAAAUCUGGUCAGCAGUCAUUUUCUACAACUCCGCUGCAUAAUCAUGCAAAAAUAUUUCAUUGCAAAUUGUACGAAGAGGAAAAAAAUUAUAAAAUGGAAUGUUCUUCAGCUGCUCAAGGAUGUUCAAAAUGUAGCUCAUUGGUUUUAAAGAAAAAGUGCGAAAUGCAAAAACAGAUGUCUGUUGAAGAUAGUUUUACAUCAAAGAAGAUAUGGGAUAUUAAUGAUGAAAAGUCUAAGCAAAUUCAUAGAAAAUUUGCUAUUAUGAUUGCUUUAGAUAAUCAACCAUUUAGUAUAACCGAGGAUGAUGGAUUUAUUGGUUUAAUGGCUUUUUUACAAUCAAGAUACCUAAUCCCAAGUAGGAAUUAUUUUUCGGAGACAGCAAUUCCUAUAUUGUAUGAUCAAAUUAAAAAAAAGGUUUUUAAUGAAGUUGCUAAGUCACAGUACAUAAGUUUUACAUCAGAUAUUUGGACUUGUCCGACAUCUCAUGAAACAUUUAUUUCCUUAUCAGGACAUUGGAUAAAAAAAAAAUUUGAGCACAAAGAUGCUGUACUCUAUGCUUCACAUUUUCCAGAAGCUCAUACAGGGAUAAACAUAGCUGGAAAAUUUAUAAAUAUGUUAGAAAGCUGGGAAAUUAAUGCACGGAGAAAACAUAUUUUAGUCAAAGAUGGUGCUGCUAAUAUGUCACUAGGCAGUAAACUUAUUUAA